CGGGGCCCUUAGAAUAGCCCUAAGUGGGCCCAUAAAGGGCCAUCGUAGGCUUACUUGCAGGGACUUCACACUGGAGAUAACCCUCAUCACUGUAGUGUCUGUGGGAAGAGUUUUGAUCAUAGAAGCAGUUUAGUGAGACACCAGAGAAUUCAUACAGGUGAAAAACCUUUCAAAUGCGCUCAUUGUGAGAAGACGUUUGUUUAUUUAUCUGACUUUAAAGUCCAUCAGAGACUUCAUACUGGAGAGAAACUUUACAAAUGCUCUCAGUGUGAGAAGACGUUUACAAAGUCAGGUCACCUUAAAUCUCAUCAGAGAGUUCAUACUGGAGAGAAACCUUACAAAUGUGCUUAUUGUGACAAGACGUUUUCUCAGUCAGGUUCCUUAAAAGCCCAUGAGAGACUUCAUACUGGAGAGCACAGAGAGAAGCAGCAGCAGCUGACGUUUGACUGUGAGCAGUGUGGGGAGGAUUUUGGCUCCUUAUCUCAUUUGAGAGUUCACAUGAGGACACACAAUGCUGAAAAACCUUUCUACUGCACUGAAUGUGGCUAUUACUUUAGCAGCAAACAAAGUCUUGAUGUUCAUCAGAGAAUUCAUACAGGAGAAAAACCAUACAAGUGUCCUUACUGUGAGAAGAGAUUCAGCCAAAAAUAUAAUAUGAGGAAACAUGUGUUUACACACACCAAUGACAGUCCGUAUCAGUGCAGUGAAUGUGGAAAAAACUUUAGGGAUUCAAGUCAAUUAAAAUCACACCAAACACUACACACUAAAGAGAAACCCUUUCAAUGUUUACACUGUGAUAAACGUUUCAAUCGUAAAACUACUCUUACAGCCCAUCAGAGACUUCACACUGGAGAGAAACCUUAUUACUGUGAUGUCUGUGAGAAGAGUUUCAGUCGACGUGAACAUUUAGUGACUCAUCAGAGAACUCAUACAGGUGAAAGACCUUACAAAUGCUCUCAUUGUGAGAAGACCUUUGCCCAUUCAGGUAAAUUUAAAGCCCAUCAGCAACUUCACACUGGAGAUAACCCUCAUCACUCUAAUGUUUGUGGGAAGAGUUUUGAUCAUAGAAGCAGUUUAGUGAGACACCAGAGAAUUCAUACAGGUGAAAAACCUUUCAAAUGCGCUCAUUGUGAGAAGACGUUUGUUUAUUUAUCUGACUUUAAAGUCCAUCAGAGACUUCAUACUGGAGAGAAACUUUACAAAUGCUCUCAGUGUGAGAAGACGUUUACAAAGUCAGGUCACCUUAAAUCUCAUCAGAGAGUUCAUACUGGAGAGAAACCUUACAAAUGUGCUUAUUGUGACAAGACGUUUUCUCAGUCAGGUUCCUUAAAAGCCCAUGAGAGACUUCAUACUGGAGAGCACAGAGAGAAGCAGCAGCAGCUGACGUUUGACUGUGAGCAGUGUGGGGAGGAUUUUGGCUCCUUAUCUCAUUUGAGAGUUCACAUGAGGACACACAAUGCUGAAAAACCUUUCUACUGCACUGAAUGUGGCUAUUACUUUAGCAGCAAACAAAGUCUUGAUGUUCAUCAGAGAAUUCAUACAGGAGAAAAACCAUACAAGUGUCCUUACUGUGAGAAGAGAUUCAGCCAAAAAUAUAAUAUGAGGAAACAUGUGUUUACACACACCAAUGACAGUCCGUAUCAGUGCAGUGAAUGUGGAAAAAACUUUAGGGAUUCAAGUCAAUUAAAAUCACACCAAACACUACACACUAAAGAGAAACUCUUUCAAUGUUUACACUGUGAUAAACGUUUCAAUCGUAAAACUACUCUUACAGCCCAUCAGAGACUUCACACUGGAGAGAAACCUUAUUACUGUGAUGUCUGUGAGAAGAGUUUCAGUCGACGUGAACAUUUAGUGACUCAUCAGAGAACUCAUACAGGUGAAAGACCUUACAAAUGCUCUCAUUGUGAGAAGACCUUUGCCCAUUCAGGUAAAUUUAAAGCCCAUCAGCAACUUCACACUGGAGAGAACCCUCAUCACUGUAAUGUUUGUGGGAAGAGUUUUGAUCAUAGAAGCAGUUUAGUGAGACACCAGAGAAUUCAUACAGGUGAAAAACCUUUCAAAUGCGCUCAUUGUGAGAAGACGUUUGUUUAUUUAUCUGACUUUAAAGUCCAUCAGAGACUUCAUACUGGAGAGAAACUUUACAAAUGCUCUCAGUGUGAGAAGACGUUUACAAAGUCAGGUCACCUUAAAUCUCAUCAGAGAGUUCAUACUGGAGAGAAACCUUACAAAUGUGCUUAUUGUGACAAGACGUUUUCUCAGUCAGGUUCCUUAAAAGCCCAUGAGAGACUUCAUACUGGAGAGCACAGAGAGAAGCAGUAGCAGCUGACGUUUGACUGGGAGCAGUGUGGGGAGGAUUUUGGCUCCUCAUCUCAUCUGAGACUUCACAUGAGGACACACAAUGCUGAAAAGCCUUUCUACUGCACUGAAUGUGGCUAUUACUUUAGCAGCAAACAAAGUCUUGAUGUUCAUCAGAGAAUUCACACAGGAGAAAAACCAUACGAGUGUCCUCACUGUGAGAAGAGAUUCAGCCAACAAUAUAAUAUGAGGAAACAUGUGUUUACACACACCAAUGACAGUCCAUAUCAGUGCGAUGAAUGUGGAAAAAACUUUAGGGAUUCAAGUCAAUUAAAAUCACACCAAACACUACACACUAAAGAGAAACUCUUUCAAUGUUUACACUGUGAUAAACGUUUCAGUCGUAAAACUACUCUUACAGCCCAUCAGAUACUUCACACUGGAGAGAAACCUCAUUACUGUCAUGUCUGUGAGAAGAGUUUCAGUCUACGUGAACAUUUAAUAAAACACCAGAGAACUCAUACAGGUGAAAGACCUUACAAAUGCUCUCAGUGUGAGAAGACGUUUGUUUACUCAUUUUCCUUAAAAGCCCAUCAGAGACUUCAUACUGGAGAGAAACUUUACAAAUGCUCUCAGUGUGAGAAGACGUUUGCUCAUUCAUCUCACUUUAAAGCCCAUCAGCAACUUCACACUGGAGAUAACCCUCAUCACUGUAGUGUCUGUGGGAAGAGUUUUGAUCAUAGAAGCAGUUUAGUGAGACACCAGAGAAUUCAUACAGGUGAAAAACCUUUCAAAUGCUCUCAUUGUGAGAAGACGUUUGUUUAUUCAUCUGACUUUAAAGCCCAUCAGAGAGUUCAUACUGGAGAGAAACCUUACAAAUGCGCUCAUUGUGAGAUGUUUUCUCAGUCAGGUUCCUUAAAAGCCCAUGAGAGACUUCAUACUGGAGAGAAACCUUACGUCUGCUUGAUCUGUGAGAAGAAAUUCACUCAUGCCAAAAGUCUUCAAAAUCAUCAGAAGGAACAUACUGAUGAACAAAUAGACUGAAAUCAUCAUAGCAUCUAAAAGACUUUCAGACUGACCGUGUGGUCCUAUUCUGCAUGCUAUAGCAUGCUAUGAAAACAAUAGCUUUUAUUAUUAAUGACUUUACAUUGACCUCGGUUAGUUGCGACGAAAAGCGAAUGUUAUUUUUUUUUGACCAUUGUGUCAAAUUUCCCCUCUUUUUUCCUGGUUGACCAAUGAGAUCUGAGCAUUACUUCACGUUCCCGGAGCUGCUGUUAAUCUACAGCACAGCGUGUCAGGUUGUUCUUUGUUUGUGUCAUGCAUUUAAAAUCCUUAAAUGCACGAUUUGUUGAUUAUCCUUUACAUAUUCAUUUAUUUUAUCAUUCACCUUUAUUUUAAUUAAUAUGUUUUAUUACACUGCUCUCUAAAAUACUAGAUUCUGAUUGGCCAGUCAUGACAUUCCAAGGUUCGUUCUUUUCAAAUAACUACCGCUCAAAGCAAAUAACAUACGGUUACACGGAUGCUCCGAAUCAUUUUGACAGAUACAAUUUAACAAAUUCCAGCAUUAUAAGUGAUUAAACCAAGUAUUGCGCUCGUGACAUUUGAUGGUCUUAUCUUAAAACCAAAAGUAAACGCGUUUUUCUCAUGAAAGGUAUGCAUUCUUAAAAAAUUGGCAAAUGAAAUAUAUUUCAAGUCAAUAUAAAAUGUUCCUUUUCAGACUUAUGAGGUAAAUAGCCGUGUAAUAAGCGGGAUAGUGUACACAGGCAGGUUGUUAUCGCAAAAUAAGCCCCUUCAGUGUGAUACAUGAUCAGAGUAUCGGGAGUUAUUUCUGCAACCUGCUUCCUAUACAUUUUCCCUUACAUAUUUUAUUCUAUCUGGUUAUUCUAUUCUUCAUUAUUUUUCUUAAUAUUAUUGAAAUCUUAUGUUGCCGCUGUAUUGUCUUUAAAUGCUGAUUUGAGUCUCCGAUGGACUAGAUCGCAAGGUUUUUAUUAACCUCAUUAUAAUGUUGUAAAACAUUAAGUGUCCACUCUCUGUUUGAUAUAAUAACACCUCCUUAAUCUGCUUCUAGUCAGACAAAGUUACUCAGAGCAUUGACAGUGCAACUAAAACUAUUCAAUAAAGCAUCUUUAUUUGAUUCAACAUCA